GGAGAUUUUGAACCUCCUCAAUCAACGAUGGCUGCACAGCUAAUCAACAACCUGUCGAGCACAAACAAACCGUCGCGACAGAAUGGGCAGGAUGACCUGAGAGCCUUGUGGGAGCUUUCAAAUAUGGCCAACAGCGCUGAAGAGCUCUCCUCCCUCGAUUUAAAGCUCGAAUACCAUCAUAAGCUGAUCUACGUAUUCGUACGCCUUGUCUUGGAACCGCUCACGACGGACGACCCCUUCCUAGAUGUUCAAAAUGUGGUUUCUCAGGCAUCUGACGCAAUAGAUGCCUUUAUUCUGGCGAUUAAAGAGACCCCAAGUGUUCUGGCGUACGUCUCAGCACCUGGUUCAUUUCAAGGACGUGAGCACGAGCCCCUAUGGGUUUGGUUGUUUCCACGACUGUUGGCGCUCCUGGGCCGAAGACGAUGCGACUCGUUGACGGAGAAGAUCAAGGAUCUUUUUUUUGUUUCCUUCCAGGCCGUGGCCCGUUCACCGACGCUUUGGUAUCUGGCUUCAUUAUUCUUUUGCUAUCUCAAGGAAUGCGUAACAAACCUCCUCCAGAACCCAUUGAACCUGUCGGACAGGCCGAUUCGGCUCAGCCUCUGCAAUAGCCUUCUCAAUAUAGCCACCGUUUGUAAGCAACAUGAUUCAACUCGCCGAAUUAUAGCUCUGAAUCUUGCGCCUAUUGUCCAUGCUACUUUGAGCGAUGAUAACGCGGUGUCGAUCUUGGGGAAAGAUUUUCAGAAAGCAGGAAUAACAUUAUGUCGGGCCUGUGAAGCAAGCCAACUGGAAGUACCUGACUUAAACAUAUCUGAAAGCUUUGAGAGUACCCAGCUUGAUGGAGAAUUUCGUCUGCUCCAUCUUGGACCAACAGACGGAUAUCAUGGGACCGGCCAAGCUCCACCAAAUAAACGCCGCAAACUUCACUCCGAGCUGAGCCUGUUGGAGGAGAUAACUGCGAAGGUCUGCUCUUUGUUAGGCUCUCAGAAUGUGUCUAACUUAGCUGGACUGAGUGAAAUCGCAGAGGCCGGCUUUGCUGAACUGAGCGAAACAGACCGCUCUAGAGCCAUCGAAUAUCUUGCUAUGAUUCCAUGUGCGGCGAAUGGCUCUUUGACUGUGAUUCAUAAUCAAGAUGGCACAAUCCGAUAUUCAAAAUGUUACCUUUGCGAGAAGAUGCAGCCUCCAGAAUCGAUAAGUCUAGACAAUGCAGCAUGUCAGCAUGUGAGCCAAGAUGCCAUAUCAAUCCUCAGCAAGCUCUUGAAUUCACGGAUAUUCAUGGAGUCGCGCCGACCUCGCGUGCUUGGAUUGGUCGCUGUUCAACGUUUCGCCGUACAUUUCAACGACUCCAGUUUUAUCGAUUUAGAGCUGUCUGCCCUAGGCCAAUGGUGUCUGAAGUCCCUCCACAGCUCAAUAAGGGAGCUUCGGAUUCUCGCCGGGCGUACUCUUUCUGGUUUUCUGGACGGGCCCUCCAUUCGUCACGGCCUAAUAGUCAAAAAUCGAUUCAAUGCGCUCCAAAUGUUGCACAAACUGUCCGAGAAUAAUGGAAUCCACCUGCAAGAGACUUUUGUUCUUGCGUGGGGCCAAGUUGGAAGAGUCGUACAAGAUCAAGAGUUGAACUUUGUGCUCCUGAGGCUACUUGACUAUCUAGGUCAUACCAACCCUAUAGUCUCCGGUGUGGCUUUUAAUGAGAUCUUGAAACUUGCGAAGAUAAAUGGUGUCACUGUUGAGCGAAUGUUCAGUCCAUUUUGGGAUACCAUCGCUGUGAAUGCAGUCAAAGAUCUCCUGGUCCGGCCGCAGACCUCACAAUUAAUAUCUGAUUUACUGGAGAUUUCUGUACCAGAGUUUCUUGUGUUGACUCAAUCUCAUACUUUGCCAUGGCUAGUCAUGCAUAAGAAGACGGAUGUCAUCAAACGAAUAUCGCAAGCUCGCAAAGACGACGAGUUUAAGAUUCGAACUGCUCUAAUGUUUUUGGCCAAAUCCGCGCCUCCUGGCAACCCCAUUCAAAAGAAAACAAAUAUUCUAGGAGCGUUUCUGGAGCAUCAUAUUUUAGGUCUUGUCGCUCGCCUCUCCGAAGUUGUCAAUGACGCUCGGGAUGGGAAACCAAUUCGGGAGAAAAAGCGAUGCAUAAAAGCUAUCGAAGAGAUGGUCAAACUUGGCAAGACAUCAACAAGGACUGCUCGACCUCACAUCUGCGCCUGCCUCCAGUCAGCCAUGACUCAGAAAGACCUUCAAGCAAUCGCUUUCUCUGCGUGGGAAACAAUGCUUACUAACCUUGACGAUGAAGACGUUGAGUUGAUGUUAGAGAGCACUUUUUCCAUCAUAAUUCAACGCUGGGAGGUCUUCGAUGAAGUGACUCGAAAACGGGUAGAAGCAACCCUGCAAUAUCUACUCGAACAGCGUUCUCGACUCAUAAGGAAUACUAUUGUCAACCUGCCAUCACUAUCUCAAUUUCCUCAGCUUGCUGACGUUGAAGAACAACUCAACAAGUUGAGAACGCCCACAGAUGUAGGGAAUUCUUUCCAAAUCUUCAGCCGAAGAAUCAGUCACGAGAAUUCGGGCGUUGUGGCUCAGGCCCUUGUGGAACUUAAAGCCUUCCUUCAAAAGCACCAAUCGUUCCUCCAGGCUUCGGCAGUAAGUGAACAGCCAGAUGUUGUUAUAGGAAUACUUGUCCGAUCAAUACUGGAUGCUUGUGUCAAGUUCAACGAGUCCCGUCGUGACAUCGCACAACUAUCAGCAGAGUGCAUUGGACUCAUCGGUUGUCUGGACCCCAACAGAGUUGAGUCGGUACGUGAACAGCGCGAGAUGAUCGUCGUCAGCAAUUUUAUCGAUCCAGGUGAGACGACCGACUUUGUUCUGUUCAUGUUGGAGGAGGUAAUUGUGAAGGCGUUUCUCUCAUCUACCGAUACUGGAGUGCAAGGAUUUCUCUCGUAUGUCAUGCAGGUACUUCUCGAGAAAUGCGACUUUAGAGAUGUCUGCGUCCCUAUUCUUAGGAACGGCCAGCGAGAUUCCACGGAACCCAUCUGGCUAAAAUGGCAGUCACUUCCUAGCAGUGUGCAAGACACUCUAACACCAUUUCUCACCUCCCGAUAUAUUGUCAAGGAGCUAGGGCAAGUCAAGAUUGAAUACCCAAUCUUUCGCCCCGAUUCCAUGCGGUCUGACAGACUGUACAAUACUUGGUUGAAAGACUUCGUUAUGGAUCUGCUACAGAAACCCCAAAAUAUCCAUGCGGAGUUUAUUUUCGCCCCUCUUCGACGUGCAAUUAAGAUAAGAGAUAAUUCGGUCGCCAGCUUCCUACUUCCAUACCUGGUCUUGCAUGUCAUUCUUGCGGGAACUGAGCAGCAAAGAGAGCAAAUUGGGGGAGAGUUGCUUGGUAUCUUGCAAUAUCAGGUGACGCCCGAGUCUCACAUUAGGAGAGAGGACUUGAAGAUGUGCAGUGAGGUAAGCAAUGUAUUGUUUCUGGACGCUGGUCAGCCGCACAGAGUUGAUGUUCUACUCAACUAUAUCGAAGGUAUGCAUACAUCCACAGUAGCUGCCUCCCGGCUCCUACCUUUUGCUACAGAGGCUUCUUGGGCAACAGGAAGGUGGCUUGCAUUGGAGAAGUAUACGGCAAUGGUUCCGAAAGGAACUGCAGAAGAUUUUAACGUCAGUAUUGGCCAUGCCCUUCUAGCAUUGCAUGCGAAAGAUACCGACCGCUUCACUUCCACUCUUCGAUCACUUCGAGAACAAAUUGCUUGUUCCUUGUCAGUAGCUACUACACCUUCUCUCGCUGCUUGUCACGAUGUUAUGCUUAAAUUCCAUGCUCUCACGGAAUUAGAGAUGAUUGCUGGUACAGACAACCAAAACGCCGACCGAACCAAUGUUCUCGAAUCUCUGAAUAGACGGCUCGAAGUGAUAGGGGCUUACCUUAAUGACAAGCAGUAUCUGCUUGGCAUUCGCAGAGCGGCCAUGCAACUUUCAAGCCUCCAAUUUACGAAGGACGAUAUUGCUUCUGCCUGGCUCACGAGUGCAAGGCUUGCCAGAAAAGGAAACGCAAUCCACCAAUCUUUCAAUGCUGUUCUCCAUGCUUCCCAGCUUGGAGAUAAGUCGGCAACUAUCGAGCAUGCACGACUCCUGUGGAAAGAAGGUCACCAUAGGAAAGCAAUUCAAAGUUUGAAGGGUGCCAUCGACAGCGACGCUUUUAUUUCUCAUAACAAGAGUGCCCAGGGAUCAAACUUAACAGGUCUAACAGGUCAAGAUGAGUCUCAUCAAAAUCUCCUUGCCGCAAGAGCUCAUUUGCUGCUUGCAAAAUGGCUCGACAGUGCUGGCCAGACCCAGUCAAGUGCAUUGCGAUCUCAGUAUCAAUUUGCGGCUAAGAAAUAUGCGACGUGGGAGAAAGGGCAUUAUUAUCUUGGCCGCCACUACAAUAAGUUACUGGAGUCAGAAAAGGCUUUGGCCCCAGGGCUUCAGGCAGAGUCCUAUCUUACUGGUGAAACGGCAAAAUUGGUCAUUGAAAACUACUUGCGAUCGUUGUCGUUUGGGACCAAAUACAUAUACCAGACUUUACCAAGAAUACUCACCCUUUGGCUUGAUCUAGGAAGCCAGGUCAAUCAACCACUCGAUGCCAGAUAUGGCAAUUCCAGGGAGUUCCUCACCAGAAUCAUGAACGGACGAAAUGAUCAACUGGCACAGUUACAUAGCCGCUUUACGAAAUACAUUCAAAAGAUGCCCGCUUACAUCUUCUACACCGCGCUUCCACAAAUCGUUGCUCGGAUUGCCCAUCCGAAUGCAGAAGUCUACAAAUUUCUGAGUCAGAUCAUCUAUAAGGUCGUAGAUGCGCACCCACAGCAGGCUUUAUGGACUCUUCUAGCAGUGAGCACCUCCAUGCAAGUCGAUCGCAAAAAUCGUGGCGUCCAUAUUAUCCAGCAACUUCGGAACAACAAUAGGAAGGCACAGCCAGGCACUCUUGAUAUAAAGACCAUGAUCAAAAGCGGCGAACGUCUCACGGACCAACUUCUCAUGGUAUGUAAUACCGGGGAUUUUCAGGGGAACCGGACUUCUAUGGCAAGCAUAACCAAAGAUCUUCGCUUUAAUCACAAGAUAUGUACUCCAAGUCCGCUUGCUGUGCCGAUCGAGAGUGUCUUGACAGCAACACUACCUACGCUCACGGAUAGCAUAAAAGGACACAAAGCAUUCUCCCGAGACGUCGUGACAAUCUCGUCAUUUUUGGAUGCAGUUUUGGUACUCAGUUCGUUACAGAAGCCGAGAAAGCUUACCGCGCGUGGUUCAGAUGGCAGGAACUACGGUCUCCUUUGCAAACCCAAAGAUGAUCUUCGAAAAGACCAGCGUCUGAUGGAAUUCAACAGCAUGAUUAAUCGCUCACUCAAGCGGGAUGCGGAAUCGAGCAGACGCCAACUAUACAUCAAGACUUAUGCAGUCACACCAUUGAAUGAAGAAUGUGGCAUCAUCGAAUGGGUAGACGGGCUAAAGACCCUUCGCGAUAUCCUACUCGGUCUCUACAAGCACAUGGGUAUCUCUCCCAACUACCGCGAGAUUGAGGUAUUUUGCGAAGAAGCUACGAAAGGCGAUGACAAAAUUGCAUUCUUCACGGAAAAGGUCCUCAGGCAAUUUCCCCCUGUCUUUCAUCUCUGGUUCGUACAGCAAUUUCCAGAGCCAUCUGCAUGGUUUGCCGCUCGCAUCCGAUACACUCGGUCUUGUGCAGUCAUGUCCAUGGUUGGGACUAUUCUUGGUCUGGGCGAUCGGCAUGGUGAGAAUAUUCUUUUUGAAGAGGGCAAUGGCGGCACUUUCCACGUCGAUUUUAAUUGUCUCUUUGAUAAGGGGCUCACCUUCGCCAAGCCUGAGCGUGUUCCUUUCCGUUUGACGCACAACAUGAUUGAUGCGAUGGGUAUUUACGGCUAUGAAGGCCCAUUCCGUAAAUCAUCGGAAUUGACGUUGAAGCUCCUGCGUCAACAUGAGGAGACAUUGAUGACCAUUUUGGAGGCCUUCAUUUACGACCCGACGCUCGAUCUGUUGGCAAAGAAGGAUAAGAAGCCGAAAAGGGAGAGCGCUAUCACCGUACCACAUACUGCUCAAGGUGUGCUUGACAAUAUUCAAAGGAAAGUCCGCGGUUUGUUGGCUGGUGAGAGUGUACCACUUGGGGUCGAGGGCCAGGUGGAUGAGUUGAUCAAGCAGGCGACGAAUCUGCGCUUCCUGGCAGGGAUGUAUAUUGGAUGGUGCUCAUUCUUUUAAAUACUGACCACAUAAACAUUACAUGUAACUGAACCCAGCCCGUUCCAUGAAUAGGAUGGAUACACCCUGUGUAACACAUCUAUCUAUAUUCUGCUGUUGGUCGAGAGUAAUUCGUCGAAGUUCACGGUCUGGCAACAUCCAUAUCAAGGGGCGAUAAGUUGAGGCUGGACUUCAUAUCUUGCUUAAUAGACUACCGGCACAAAGUUAAGAGGCUCAGCUAGAGCGGGGAUUAUCUGGGUUCAGGACGUUGGGAAAGCUAUAGAGUGGUUCAUUAAAGUUCAUUUUAGAUGUCAUGAAUCGGGUCUUCUAAAUCAAUC